AUGGAGCCCCACAAAGUCCCAUCUACUCUCUCAAAUCUCAAGCAACUCACUAUGUUAGAUCUUUCCGACAACAACUUCCAAGGUACAAUUCCCGUUCUUGCUGAGCUCACAAACCUGGAGGUUUUAUCUCUAGAUGCUAACAAUUUCACUGGUGGGUUUCCACUCUGGGUUGCAAACUUGAAACUACUUAUUUCUCUAGAAAUAUCACAUAAUCAACUCGCAGGGCCCAUCCCCUUCAAUUUAAGUGGUCUUCAAAACCUACAAUAUUUCUACUUAUGGAGUAACUCUCUCAGUGGGGUAAUACCUCCAUCAUUGUUUUCUCUUCCGUCAUUGAUGUAUUUAGACUUGAGUUUCAAUAAAUUAACUAGUCAGAUUCCUGAAUUCCAGCAUCAUUUACCAUUUUACAGCAUUGAAUUGAGUGAUAAUAAACUUCAUGGUCCCAUUCCACAUUCAAUUUCAACUCUUGUAAAUUUGGACACACUCUAUCUUGCGUCAAAUGAUCUGAGUGGUGUUGUGGAUCUGCAAGUACUCAACAAUCUUGAGGAUCUUUCUGUUUCCAACACUAAUAUUUCGGUGGUCGUUGGAAGCAAUGUCAACAAUACCCUUCCCAACCUUAGGUAUUUCUAUAUGUCCUCUUGCAACAUCGAGGUGUUCCCUUAUUUCUUAAGAGCCUUAGAGAAUCUUGAAGAGCUAGAUCUUUCUCAAAACAAAAUUCAUGGACAAAUUCCAAAUUGGGUUGGGUUCGUCGGAAAGGCUUCAUUGGGGAAUUUGAAUCUUUCACACAAUUUUCUAACAUGCAUAAAGCAACUUCCUUGGGAGAAACUAGAUACUCUUGAUCUGCGUUCCAAUUUGCUUCAAGGACCACUUCCCAUUCCACCCCCACUCGUACGAUACUUUUUCAUCUCAAACAACAGUCUUAGUGGAGAGAUUCCUUCAUUGAUUGCAAUGCGAGUUCCCUUGAGAUUCUUGAUUUGUCUCACAACAAAUUGA